UUGUAAGAGCGGCUCAGUACGCCUGCACCUUGCUGGGCUACACUCUGCAGAGGGGCGGCACAGCAGCUGACCUUCGAACGACCAUUAGUCAGCUGGAAGGUCACAUGAGCCUGACAAGGAAAUUGUUGCGCCUGGGGAACUCUGUGGAGGCGCUGGAGUCAGCCAAGCGGACCAUCCACCUGUCUGAUGGCGUGCUGAGGCUGUGUCUCACCAUCAGCCACCUCAACAGAGCCAUGUACUUUGCCUGUGACAACGUGCUGUGGGCUGGAAAAACUGGCCUGCUCUCCAGUUUGGACCAGCACAAAUGGUCUCAGAGAUCUUUCAGGUACUACCUGUUUGUUCUGAUCCUCAACCUGACUCGCGAUGUCUACGAGCUCCGCCUCCUCAUGGAGUCAGAGGCGCGGUCCCGGGCUGCAAAGUCAUCGUGUCCUGUCAUCGCCCUGCCUGAAGAGAACUUGUCUUUGCCAUCCUCACCUGCUGGUCCACCAGCUGUGUCCGUGUGGUUCCACAGACAGCUCCACCUUGUGGCCACAGUGCUGUACAACAACCCGCCGCUGCUGUUGGACCUGUUGAAGAACAGCUGCGACAUCUUCAUCCCUCUGGACCGGUUGGGGAUUUACCCCACAGGUUCUGGUUUUGUUGGGGCCUGUGGCCUGGUGUCCUCCAUCCUGUCCAUCGUCACCAUCGCCCACCCCUGGCUCAAACUCAAACCAUGAGCCCUCCGAGGGAACGCCCCCC